UUGCUUCUCUUCGUUACACCUUGGACACCACCCACCAGGUUCAGCACCAUGUCGACGGACUUUCGUUCGCUACUUAUCAACGGUGGAUGCAGCGAUCUCCACCACCUUACUCAGCUGAAACGGAAGGGCCAGCGUGCACCGGUUAUCCAACAAUACUUCCGGAAUCAACGUGAAGUCGCCGACAAUGCAGACCUCGAGCUCAGCGAGAGGUGGCUCAAGAAAAUGAAGAAAAUUAUGGGUCAGAUUGACGACCACGUCAAGUGGUGCGUUCCUUUCUCCGGGAGGCCCUUCCGCUUCCUGGACCUUGGCUGUUGCCCGGGAGGUUUCUCUACCUAUAUCUUAAAGAAGAACAAACAAUCUACUGGCGUUGGUAUCUCCCUCGACCCGGCAGACGGUGGGCACCCGUAUCUCAUCGAGCAAGGCAUCCGUGACCGACACACGAUCAUCUUCGCGGACCUCACGCUCUUCCAACUGGGUCCACAAAUGAUAUCCUCUCCCUUCUUUAACUUCAGGCCCCUUCCCGAGGAUCUGACUACGCGCCAAUUCGACCUUGCUCUCCUCGACGCCCACCACCUUCGUACGCAAAACAGUUCCUCCUCUGACCUCCUCGCGAUAUCCCAAAUUGUGGUGGCUCUCCUAUCUAUCAAGUUUGGCGCUACGGUCAUCAUGAAGCUUGCGAACCCUGAAAGCUGGUAUACUGUCCGCAUGCUGUUCUUCCUGGAUGUUCUCUCGGCAUCCCUGACGGUUCAUAAACCGUAUGCGAUGCACCGUAAUCAAGGGACUUUUUACGCUAUUGGUAAAGGUGUCGGAGGGAAGAGUGAAAGGCAGAGGUUCUUGUCGCAUAAUCUCUUGCCUGAGUUUCAGAAGUUGUGGGUUGACCUGAGGUCGGGGAAUGGCGGCGCAGGAAGAUCCCUGGAACCGAAGGAUUUGAACUUUAUCAUAUCUGAUGAACAAGUUAAAGGGUAUGCUUCGAGACUGGCGGAGUUGUGUGAACCGGUGUGGAAGAUUCAGUCUGCUGCGCUGGAGAAGCUUUAUGCAGAGCAAGGGAUCUGAGUCGUUGCGCGUUUCUUGUCUGUUCAUGUAUUGAUCUUGUAUUAUACUCCCCAUCAACUCCCCAUGUACAAUUGUGUAACUACGGCUCUACCUACUCUUUCCGAAUAAGGAUGUCUUUGUUGUCUUCACGUUGCU